AUGGCACACACCACUACUUCUGUCCAUCACCACAGAAGCACGACAAAAGUCGACCAUAAACCCUUCAAGUCACGGUUUGCCUCCAAGAGCGCCUUGAAGGACCAGGCAAAGGGUAAAGUCGAGAUUCAACGGCCAGAGAAGGGCCAGCGAAAGACUCCUCACCAACAAGUCAUGUCGAAACUGGCCCGACGCAACCAAGCCAAGCAACUGCGCAUGCACCACAAGGAGAAGAAGGAGGGGGAAGAGAUUAUAUUCCAAGGUGCCGACGGAGCACCAAAACACAUUGCAGUCGUGCCGCUUUCGAGUGACGUCGACCCAUACUCGGCCAUCAGAACACUGAAUGAAAGUGUCGACGUCUCGGAUCCCAAUGUCUCCUCUGGUACGGUCCCUGUCCGGGUUGACCGCUUCCGCCGCAACCUCCUCUAUCUACCUGCCAAAUUCGACCUCCUCAACGCGCUGGACAUCUGCAAGCUUGCAGAUUGGGUGAUUUUCGUUCUUGAUGCGGAGCAAAAGUACGGCGAAGAGGAGGAUCUAUUUCUGAGAUCGCUUGAAGGCCAAGGCAUCACCAAUGUAACCGCUCUCGUACACAACCUGGAUCAGAGAGUCCCCGCGCCGAAGAGGAUGCGACAUUUGACAGAGAUGAACAUGGCUCUGGGCCGCUAUUUCCCCGCUCUUGACAAAUUGUCCAGCCUGGACAGCAAGUCAGACUGCUCCAACCUGGUCCGACGGAUCUGCACAGCUUCGACGCGAGGGAUCCGAUGGCGGGAUGACAGGAGCUGGAUGCUGGUUGAGCAAGUCAAUUGGAGUACUCAGGUGGACGAAACAAAAGCGACCACCAACGUGACGCUAUGCGGGACGGUUCGUGGGAAAGCACUGAAUCCGGAUCGUCUGGUGCAUGUGCCAGGCUGGGGAGAUUUCCGGAUUUCCGCGGUCCGACAGGUGCCUCGCCAGGGGCAAAAGAGGAAGGCGGAGGAGAUGGACGCAGAGGAGCCCAUCAAGGAGUGGAAACCCACGGCGGACCAAGACGAUCUUGCAGAGCUGGCACCGGAAGAGGCCGACAUGCAGGAUGCGGCAAGCACUGUGGCCACCACCGAGCAUAAAGGGGUUCUCCUUGACGACCAUCACUAUUUCUCUGAUGACAACUCUCACAUACCUCCUCCGCCGAAGAAGCUUCCCCCAGGGACGUCCAACUACCAAGCAGCCUGGUUCCUGGAUGACGUCUCGGACUCGGAAUCCGACACGACCGACGACGAAGACCGGGACGGCGACGUAGCCAUGGAAGCAGAGCAGGAGUCAGCAACCGCCGGAGAAGGUGGCGGGAUGGUUCUCACCAACGCCGAAGACGGCGGCAGCACGAUCGAAGGGAAAGCACCCUCCGAAUACCCACAAUCGGAAAUGAACAUCGACGACGACAAUGACAACGAUAACGACGCGCCCCUCGAAGAGGAAGAAGAAGCGCGUCAGCUCGCAGAAUUCCGCGCCAGCCGCAGGAAGAAGGAAGCCGAAGAGGACCUGGAGUUCCCAGACGAGAUCGAGCUGCACCCGGACAUGGUCGCGCGCGAGCGGCUGGCCAAGUACCGCGGGCUGAAGAAUCUGCGGACGAGCGAGUGGAACCACGCCGAGGACGCGGCCCACGAGCCGGCCGAAUACAAGCGGCUGCUGCAGGUGCCCGAGUACCGGAAAGCGUACAACAGCGUGACGAAGGAGUCGUUGGCGGGAGCCGUGCUGGCCGGCACGAGAGUCGAUAUCGAGCUGCGCGACGUGCCGGUUUCGUUGCAGUCGAGCGCGCCGCAGCCGUCGUCCAUGUUCUCGCUGCUGAGGCACGAGCACAAACACGCCGUGAUCAACCUGAACGUGACGCUGCGCUCGGACCUUGAAGAGCCCAUCAAGUCCAAGGACGAACUGAUCGUCCAGAUCGGCCACCGGCGACUACUCAUCAACCCGGUCUUCUCGGCAGCAGGCCAGACGCCGAACGACGUGCAUAAAUUCGACCGCUUCCUGCACCCGGGCCGGACCGCGAUCGCGACCUUUACAGGUCCACUGACCUGGGGCUCUGUGCCAGUUUUAGUGUUUCAACGACAAUCCCCUCGCGAGUCAUCAGACGGAGCUGCAGGUAUCGAGACCGACGGCAACAUGGACACAACAGCGCCCGCGUUAAUCGACUUACAAACCCAUUCCGCACUUCCUUCCUCAUCCCCAUCCUCCUCUCUCCGCCUACUCGGCACAGCCACAACCCUCCCCCCGUCCUCCACACGCGUGAUCGCCAAACGCCUCAUCCUCACGGGCCACCCGUACAAGAUCCACAAGAAACUCGUGACGGUGCGGUACAUGUUCUUCAACCGGGCUGAUGUGGCGUGGUUCUCGGCCUUGCCGCUAUUCACGCGGAGGGGCCGGCAGGGUUUCAUAAAGGAACCGCUGGGGACGCAUGGGUAUUUCAAGGCCACCUUUGACGGGCGGAUCGGUCCGCUCGACGCUGUGGCUGUGGCGCUAUAUAAGAGGGUGUGGCCGCGGGCGGCGAGGGUGGUGGAUUGA